UUUAUAAUAAAAUUACAAUUCAAAAAUAAAUGUCUAGAGGUAUGUGUUUAUGUAAAUUUUUAAAGUUAAGAAAUCAGAGCCCUUAUUAAUGGAUGUCGAUAUAGUGGAAAAGGAAUCUCACUAAAGAAUGAAAGAAGGUAUAUAUUUUUCUUGAUUAAUCUAGAAAUAAAAAUAAAAGGAAUUUCUAAUGAACCACAUCCAAAGGAUAGAGAAUCUGGAACAGGAAGAGGGUAUGAUAUUAAAUAAAUAUUAUGAUAGAAAAGAAAUGAGAAAGAAUGGAGUUGGGAAGAAUAAUUGGGGAACAUACAAAGAUGAUUUGAAAGACUAUGGAAUUGAUGAAGACGAAUCAGAAGAUGCUUAUAAUGAUGAAAUUAAACAAAACACUACUAACUUUAGAGCAGCUGUACCUGAAAGGGAAAUUAUAAUUGAUGAUCAUAAUUUCCCGAAACUUAGUUGAUUUUUAAUAAUUAAUUAAUAAUCAAUCAUCUAAAGA